AUAUUCUCGCCUGCAACGAAGAGAAUUUAUUUUUAAAUUGCUCUUCUUUCAUCGGCACCGAACAAUGGCUUUUCUCGUCGAUUGCGACACAGAAGAAGUCAAGAACUGGACUUAAAUCCGGAUUAAGGCUCUUUGUCUAAAAUGUCAACAUGUCAUAUGCCCGUGCAUAUAUUUAAAACGAUAAAAACAAAACCAAAAGACCUGUAGUGACAAUAGUUCAUAAUAUAGUUACUCGUAUGUUCCCGGCAGAAACUGUCGCCGACUCGUUGUGGAUAUAUCAAAUUUCUGUAUACAAGUUUAUAGUUCUAGGGGGCAUUAAAAGCCGAGACAGUAAACGAUUGAAUUACUCGGUAUAAGGCAGAGAAUUGUUGAAAAUAUGUAUUGAUGUUGUUUUUACAAUGAAGUGGACGUGACAUGGUUCAUUCCUGAAACCGCGCUAGAAGGAAUGAACCUUGCAAUACUUGAGGAGGAAAAUAACAGUGGCGAUAUGGUCGGCGGUGAACAAGUUGAAAUUCCUCAAAAUCCUGAGGGGAUAAAGACGAACCAGUAUGGAUGGUUUAGCGUAAGACCCAGCUUUUUACAACGAUUCUUAUCAUCUCGAUGGAUUCUAGUAUUUUGUUGCAUUCUUGUUGGCACGCAAGGCAUGAUAGUAACUGGCUUAUCUGGCGUUGUUAUUUCGUCAAUUGAAAAGAGAUAUUAUUUACGCAGCAGUCAAGUGGGAAGUAUUUUCUCAUGUUAUGAUAUCGGGAAUACGUUGGUUACUCUACUCGUUAGCUAUGUCGGCCAUUCGCAUAAAUCGAAAUGGUUAGGUGCUGGUUCGGUUGUGCUCGGGCUGGGCUGCCUGUUGUUUUCGUUGCCACAACUAAUCGUAGGCGACUACGAACCAACUAUUGCUAAAACGAGUGACCUUUGCCGCUACAACGAAACGUUACGCAAUGCAACACAUUCGUUAGAUAAUUGUCGCAAGUCACAAUGGUAUCAUAUGUUCGUUUUUGUCCUCGGUCAAUUGCUCAUAGGAGCAGGGGCUUCGCCUGUUUACAACCUUGGCUCGGCCUAUUUGGAUGAAAAUGUAACUCGAAGGAACUCCGGGAUGUACCUAGGAGUAUUCUACGCUGUUGCCACGUUAGGCCCAGGUAUCGGGUUUCUUUUUGGAGGUUAUUUUCUUACAAUAUAUAUUGACAUUGACUUGCCGGAUGGUGUUGAGCUGACGCCAGAGGAUAACAGUUGGAUUGGGGCUUGGUACCUAGGCUAUAUUUUCGGUGGAAUAUGCGCUCUUAUAGCGAGCAUUCCUUUGUUGGGCCUUCCUCGCGAAAUACCUCGGGUGAAAACUCUUCAAGAUCAAAAAAGUCGCGCCCAAGAUCGAGUACCAGACGACCAGAAGCCACACAGCGCCAGCGAGUUCCUACCGUCGCUCAAAUCUCUCUUCACAAACAAAGUGUUUCUCUUCACGACGAUAGCAGGGACGGCAGAAGGAUUUGCCGUUUCAGGAACUUCCACCUUUCUUCCAAAAUUCUUGGAAUCACAGUUUCACCUGAGCUCGAGCGAUGCCAGUUUCUCGGCAGGGGUGGUUAUAAUCCCAGGAGGGAUUGCAGGAAUGAUGUUGGGUGGAUUCUUGAUCCGUCGCUUCAAAUGGACCUGCAGUCAGUGUGCCAAAGCAUGCACCAUUAUUGCCUUUAUUGCAACACUUCCUAUCUUCAUCUAUUUACAUCAUUGUCCGAACCAAAAUUUUGCUGGCGUCACCACAUCCUAUUACAACAGAUCUGGCGGGAAUGCCAUAGACUCGUGUAGUUCUGUGUACAACUGUAGCUGCAAACAGCAUAACUACAUUCCUGUUUGUGCAAAAAAAGAUAAAAUCACUUAUUUCUCUCCGUGCCACGCUGGUUGCUCAAUGGAGUCAAAACUCGAUGGCGAUAAGGUGUUUACAAACUGUAGCUGUUUAUCACCGAACAUAACCAUGGUUUUUGAUGGAGGUUGCGAGGAAAAAUGCGACUUAUUGCCCUAUUUUCUUGCCGUUUUGUUUCUCUUGAUUUGUUUCACGUUUUGUAACAACAUUCCAGCCAUUACCGUAACACUGAGAUGUGUCCCUGAAAGUCAAGGCUCCUUCGCUCUUGGCGUGCAACAAAUUAUCACCAGGAUUCUGGCAUUUAUCCCUGCACCAAUAGUGUAUGGUGCUCUAUUGGAUUCAGUUUGCAUCUUGUCUGAAACUGAUCCUUGCAAUAAGAAUGUGGAUCGAAACUGUUUAGAAUAUCAAAACGAUAGCCUAAGUUAUGUGUUUUUCGGAGCUACGAUGAUAUGCAAAGCAUUGUCGUUGCUUUUCUUCGCCUUGGCUUGGUUCGCGUAUAAAUCACCAAGAAACCUCUCAACGGAAAGUCAAGUGAAUUUGACCGACAAUUCAAUUGGAGUUGAAACACCGAAUGGUCGCACCGUAGAAAACACAGUACAUUCAACUCCGUUGUAAAAUAGCUGCGGAAUGGAAUAAUUAUAAAAACAGAAAUAAAUGAUUAUAUUAAUUAUAACAUAUAUACCUGAUAGGUGUAUAAAUACAU